GUUGUUCACUCUGAGGUGUGCUGGGUACGCGUGUGCACCCGGGUCGACUCUACAUUUGUAUUUACACGUUUUUGGGCACACUGAACUCAUCAGGGUAAACCAUGCCGUCAGUUCCUUCAUCCAAAGAGACCGCCGUCAAGGGGCCCGUGUGCCCUCACUCUGCCAAGCUGCUCAACCACACCAACGGAGAAGCCAAACUCCGCGAGGGUUCGUUCCCACUGAAUGGGGUUGACAAGCUGCCCGCGAUGGAGGACACCGGAGAGGCAAACAGGACCAUUCAGAUCAACACAAAGAACGCCACCCCCGAGAGGAAGUGGAUCCGACCUGACCUUCCCAGCCGCUGCAAAUGGAGCCUGGGAGCCUCAAAAGCCGACUCCCCUCAUACACAAGUUCCAAGAACCAUUGCUCCAACCAUUCUCCCAAACAUCCUGCACAGGAUCGGUGACACUCCCUUGGUGCGCAUCAACAAGAUCCCCAAAGUGUUUGGACUCAAGUGUGAAAUACUGGCCAAGUGUGAGUACUUCAAUGCUGGCGGCAGUGUCAAGGACAGGAUCAGCCUGCGGAUGGUGGAGGACGCUGAGAGAGCCGGGCUCCUCAAGCCUGGAGACACCAUCAUCGAGCCCACCUCUGGAAACACUGGUAUUGGAUUGGCUCUGGCUGCAGCUGUGAAAGGCUACCGCUGCAUCAUCGUCAUGCCCGAGAAAAUGAGCAUGGAGAAGGUGGAUGUCUUGAGAGCUCUUGGAGCCGAGAUUGUCCGCACACCCACCAGCGCUCGCUUCGAUUCGCCUGAGUCUCACGUGGGCGUAGCCUGGCGCCUUAAAAACGAGAUCCCAAACUCUCACAUCCUGGACCAGUACCGCAACCCGAGCAAUCCUCUGGCUCACUACGACACCACAGCCGAGGAGAUCCUGGAGCAGUGUGACGGUAAAGUGGACAUGCUGGUGGCAGGAGCAGGCACAGGGGGGACGAUCACAGGCAUCGCCCGCAAACUGAAGGAAAGAUGCCCCAACAUCAAAAUUGUUGGUGUCGACCCAGAAGGCUCCAUCCUGGCUGAGCCUGAGGAGCUUAACAAGACCGAUAAGACCCAGUACGAGGUGGAGGGCAUCGGGUACGACUUCAUCCCGACUGUGCUCGACAGAUCAGUAAUCGAUACCUGGUACAAGUCAGACGAUGAGGAGUCCUUCAACAUGUCUCGCAUGCUGAUCAGAGAGGAAGGCCUGCUGUGCGGAGGCAGCUCUGGGACGGCCAUGGCAGCAGCAGUCAACGUCGCCAAAGAGCUGAAGGAGGGCCAGCGCUGUGUGGUCAUCCUGCCAGACUCCAUCCGCAACUACAUGUCCAAGUUCCUAAGUGACAAGUGGAUGGUCCAGAAGGGAUUCCUGAGCGAGGAGGACCUCAUGGUGAAAAAACCAUGGUGGUGGAACCUGAAGCUACAGGGGUUGAACCUGUCAGCGCCCCUCACCGUCCUGCCCACCGUCACUUGCCAGAAGACCAUCAAAAUCCUCAAGGAGAAGGGCUUCGACCAGGCACCCGUGGUGGAUGAGGCUGGGUUAAUCCUGGGCAUGGUGACUCUCGGAAACAUGCUGGCCUGUAUUCUGGCUGGGAAGAUCAAGCUGUCAGAUCCAGUCAGCAAAGUGCUCUACAAGCAGUUCAAACAGAUCCGUCUGACUGAUAAUUUGGGGAAGUUAUCCCGCAUCCUGGAGACUGACCACUUUGCCCUGGUGGUGCAUGAACAGAUCCAGUAUUUGACAGACGGCUCUCCGAGUCUGAAGCAGAUGGUGUUUGGGGUGGUGACGGCCGUUGACCUGCUCAACUUCGUCACGGGCCGGGAAAGAAGAGAGCGCUCCAUGUCAGAGUCCACCGACGAGCUCAACUGAAACACCCAGUGUAGUCACUUGUACAUUUCUUUGCAUUAUCAGAAACACAAUGACAAGUUUAAGUGACCUGUCUCAAAGAUGGCAAAAAAUAAUCUUGUGAAGGAUUUGAUUGAGGUUAACUCUUUCUUUUUUUCUUUUUUCUUUUUUAAACUUAAGUCUUAAGGUAUGGUAUAAUAAGCAAAAUAUGUUGUACUACUUGUCAACUUGUGAGAGGCUUACUUAUUAUUGAGGCAGUUGAUUUUUACUUAUAUUUGCUUGUAGUGGUCAAGGCGAAAUUUUUCUAAGUUUAUUACUUGUAGAAAGCUUUCUGUUUUAUAUAAGAGUCUUGCAGAGAGGUCUCCGUGUUUCUACUUUGUCUGAAAAGUACAUGAUUAUUUCACGGUGGCCUUGUGUAAUCAUCAAACAUUCGAAAUUAGACAGAAUAGUAUAAAAGCCACCUUCAUCUCAUUUAUCAACAUUAGAGAUGUGUAGAGUUGCUGUAUAUAAGCAUCUUUCUAGUGCUGCUCACUAUGUGCUGCUUUUUCAUUUGUGUACAGUAUGUGUACACUUAGAAAUACUUGGGGGAGUGUAAUCAGAUUUCUUGAAAAAAAUGGUGUGCUGUUCUUUCUCCCUCCACUUUCAACACAGUGCCUGUAAUGUACUGUAACUGUAAAGUUGUCUUGACUAUUUAAUCUUAGUUGUGUCUGAGAGAAACAUUUUGUAUUGCAUCAUUUUUCCUGAAUGAACAUGUAUGAUUCAAUAAAGUUUAAAGGAGUGAC